GCUAUAUACAUAUACGAGACUGUGAACUAAUAUCGGUUGUUUACUUUCAACCUAAUAAAAACAGCCGAUUUGUGUGACCUUUAUGAAUAAAAUUUGAUUUAUAAAAUUUUAGUAAAGAGGUUUUGCAGGGUUUUGAUACUCCAUAAUCCAGCCUACUCAAGAAAGAGCUGAUACAGAGAUUUUUUUAAAACGUUUAUCAUCGUCUGAAGGUAGGUGAGCUUUGGCAAAGGAACCAGAAGCACCACCGAGGGGUGAAGAAGAAGACAGAUAAACAUAAACAAGUAUACUGUAAGGAGGGGGAGGAAGAGACAAUGGAUGGUACUGGAGAAGAAGAAGAUUUAAGCUUCGAGGACAUGGGGCUGGACGCCCGAUUGAUUCGAACCCUCGCCAAAAAGAAUAUUACAAAACCUACUCCUAUCCAGCUUAAAGCCAUUCCUUUAAUUCUGGAAGGGAGAGAUGUUGUUGCAAGGGCAAAAACUGGGUCAGGGAAGACAUUUGCAUAUCUUCUUCCGUUGCUUCAAAAAUUGUUUUCAUGCAGCGACAAAAUUAAGAGUGGUCCAAGUGCAUUUGUCCUUGUGCCAACCAGAGAGCUUUGCCAGCAGGUUCACACAGAAAUCUCGUCUCUACUGGAGCACUGCAAAGGUUCUUGGAAAGUUGUUCAAUUGACAAGCAGCAUGUCCAUCUCCAAUUUGAGGACUGCAAUAGUUGGGCCACCAGACAUUGUAGUGGCAACACCGUCGUGCAUUGCAACCUGUAUUGCAAAGAAAGUUUUACAUGUUUCGUCCGUUAAGGAUUCACUUUCAACAUUAGUUUUGGAUGAGGCAGAUCUUCUUUUAUCAUAUGGCUAUGAAGAUGACCUGAAAUCUUUGGUUCCUCAUAUUCCAUCUCGUUGUCAGUGCCUUUUGAUGUCUGCAACUACCAGUGCAGAUGUGGAGAAGAUAAAGAAGCUUGUGCUUCACAGUCCUGUGGUUCUGACACUUACCGAAGUGGAGGGAAGCCUGGAUAAUGAAAUUGUUCCCAAAAGUGUGCAACAAUUUUGGAUUGCAUGUGAGGAACGUGAUAAACUGCUAUACAUUCUAUCCCUUCUUAAACUGGAAUUGGUUCAGAAGAAAGUUUUGAUCUUUGUUAAUUCAAUUGAUGCAGGUUUCAAGUUGAAACUCUUCCUUGAACAGUUUGGGAUGAAAUCUGCUGUCUUCAAUGCAGAGUUACCACAAAACUCACGGCUUCACAUGCUUGAGGAGUUCAACACAGGCAUGUUUGAUUAUAUGAUAGCAACAGAUGGCAGUAAACCUGCAAAAGUUGAGAAGGAACCCAUUGAACAGGUUAUGCAUCCCAUCAAAAGAUCAAAAAAACACCAGAAGAGGGUAUUGGAUUCUGAAUAUGGAGUGGUUAGAGGAAUUGACUUCAAAAAUGUUCAUACGGUCAUAAAUUUUGACAUGCCUCUGAGUGCUUUGGGGUAUAUACAUCGCAUUGGAAGAACUGGAAGAGCUUACAACACUGGUGCUUCAGUCUCACUUGUCUCUCCAGCAGAAGAAGGUAUAUUCCGAGAAAUUAAAAUGGCUUUGAGUGGUGGUAAGGAUGAAGAUAUAGAGUCUGUUAAGUUCAUAGCACCUUUUCCCUUGCUGACAAAUAAUGCAGUUGAAUCUCUGCGGUAUAGAGCUCAGGAUGUUGCUCAUAGUGUGACCAAAGCAGCAGUGAGAGAGGCACGGGCUAAUGAGCUUCGAAAUGAAUUAUUAAACUCUGAGAGGUUAAAGUCUCAUUUUGAGGACAAUCCCAAAGAUUUGGAUCUCUUAAAACAUGACAAAGUACUGAGCAAGAAGCAACCUUCAUCACACCUAUGUGCUAUACCAGAUUAUCUUGUAGAUCCCACCACAGAAGCUGCUAGCAAAGUUGUCAAACUUGCUAGGGGAGCAAUGGGACAAAAUAAACAUAGAAGUUCCGGUUGGCUUAAGAAAGGAAGUGGCAGGAGUGCAGAUCCUUUGAAGACCUUCUUAAUUGAUUCAAAGAAAGGAUCAUGGAAGGGGCGGUCAAAGAAAAGGAUGAAAGAACAAGUGAAUGACAGAGAGAGACCAAAGAAAAAGCACAAGUGGAAUAAAUAGAAAUUGUUAAUCAUUUGAUUGUGAAUGUGGCUCAACUCAGUAAUUCUACAAUGCUAUGUCUAGGAUUAAAACUGGCUUUGUUAAUUCAUUUCUGUUUUUACCUUUAUACUUUAUAGGCAGAUCGAUUACUUUCCAUGCAAUUAUCUUUGAGGUUCCCUAGUUUUGUUAGUCUGCAUGAGGAACCAAUCUUACAGGACAGAAAAUAGUGGACUUUUUUUGUGAGAUUCCCUGGUCUAGUGACUGUAGGUAUAAAAUAGGGACUGUAUAUUAUCAGAUUUUUUGGGCUACAGAUGUAUACAAAAUGGAGGUUCACUUUGAAAUGGAAGCUCCGAAGUUGCUUGUGUCUUUAAGUAAUGUGUACAUUUAUGCUUUUUAGUAUUUUUGAGUUCGUUGUGGCUGUUGAUUCUUUCUCUGA